AUGCCAAUGAGAGCGGAAGUAACUCCCGAUGAUGAUGAUGAUGAUGCAGAUGACGUUGAUGACGAUGACGAUUCUGGUGCUACUGCUACUGGUGUUGGUAAAGCUUACGGGGACUCUUCUAUAUCUCGAACACAGGCCUACGAGUGGUAUAAAUCAUUCAAAAAGGGUCGUGAAGUGACCGAAGAUUUACCUCGUUCUGAACGUCCAUCAACAUCAAAUACCGAAGAAAACGUGGCAAAAAUCAAGAAAAUUGUACUGGAAGAUCGUCGUAUGACUGAAAAGGAGAUUGCUCGUGACUUAAACAUCUCAAAUGGAUCCGUUCACCACAUUCUACAUGAUAUAUUGGGCAUGAGACGCGUUGCAGCUCGACUUGUACCGAAACACCUUGAUUUUUUGUAA